AUGCGGCAUCUUGCUCUCGGUGGCAGUGAGAUGCAGCAUCUCGCUAUCGAUAGUACUGAAGAAAUGAAGCCAGAAAUGAUGGGCGCUGUGCGCGCGGUUCCCGGUUUUUACUUUGACCCAAUGUCAUAUCAUCCCUACGCGAGCGGAUUGGACGGUGCGCGACGCAAGAAUGCAACACGUGAAACAACAGCACCACUAAAAUCGUGGCUCAACGAGCAUCGCAAGAAUCCGUAUCCGACAAAAGCUGAAAAAAUUAUGCUCGCUCUGCUCACCAAAAUGACGCUAACACAGGUGCUUUUUGAUCACUUUUCUUUUUUUGCCUAA